CCGAACUUGAUGGGUUCGGUGCGCGGGUGCUGAUAUCGAGGAUACCCUCGGAUUGAACGCUCGACAAACGUCGGGUCGCGAACUUCGAUGAGGCUCGCGCGCGACCGAGUGGCGCGUCGCGCGCGACGGGGGUUCCGGAAUACCUCGUAACAAUAAUUGUCCCGUCGCUGUCGGCGGUUGGCAGCCAAACGCAGGCGGGUUUUUGAACUGGUCUCCUCACCACUCCACACCGGCGAGAGGCGAGAUGAGCGGCUCGGACGCGACUGUGACGGUCGCCGGACCGCUCCUAGACAUCGUCGACGACGAAUGGCGCGCGGAUACCCUCCCCUUCGACGAGAUACCCUUGCCGCCCGGCGUCGCCCCUCCCACGGACGACGUCGAUGAUAACCAGGAGAACAUCGGCAAGCCGCAACCGGAGAAGUGGAACGAGCUCGCCCUCGCCUCACUCGCCAACGCGUGAUGGGGUGACGAGACGGCAUCCAACGGGCACCUCGAGAGCGGGCGACGACGAAGGGGGGUGAACACUUACUUAGCGGAGGAGGAUAGACGAUGUAGACCACGGCGGCGGAGACGGCGGCGGCGCGUACAAGUAGUAGAGAAUUAACGAGUC